AUGACAAGUCGCUACAAGCCCGAGCUUCUGACGUUCAUGCCGUUCAAGGGCAACGUGGAGUACAGCAGCACCCGUAAGUUCACCCUUGAGGAGCUGCUCCGGAUCACACCAGACCACUUGAGCCGCUGGUUGAACCAGCAAGCGUACGGCGACCCAGCUCCGACGGAUGAUAUGCGUCCUGUUCAUCGUCGUUCGAGCACGCUUGAGUUCACUAAGAAGGCAAUCUCGUCACUCAUGCCGCGCGCCAACUCAACCUGGGAUCCAGUCACGGAACGCGGCAAUCCGACUCGCUCUGAUGAUGGUGAAGUCCGACGAGAGGGGAUUGAGUCCAAAGCGCGCCGCUCGGUUGAGCUCGACGAGUUCAUGAAUCUCCUGCGAGUUGUGCGAGCACAAUGGGCUGACAACGACACAGCAUACACGGUUGGGAGUGUACUGUCACUUCAAUGGCACAUUUGUGCCCGCAUUGACGACAUGAUGAAGCUGCAGUUCAGCAACUUCUCGCCCGAUACUCAAUACCCCUCGACACAGCUGUUUCAGAUGAGAUGGUCCAAAAACAUACACGAAGAGCGCGAUGCCCCCGAGCAAAUCAUUCUUGGGAGUAUGCACCCGAAAAUGUGUGCUCUGCUAAAGCUCGCUGUGUAUAUCGAACCAACGGCAAAUAUCGUGCGGUUGGACUUGUGUAUGGAAAUCCAAAGGAGGCGCUUUUUGGGGAAUAUGGUGAAAAACCAAGCGUUUAAGAAGUUGAAGGCGGGAAAGCUCGGCACUCACAGUCUUAGCAAGGGAGCUGCUACGUUUGCCACACGCAGUGGCAUCGUCGAUGCCUACAUUGACAAUACGCAACCGUAUCCUAAUGCCCGGACUGCUGCUGCUCUGACCGGACCCGCCGGACCAUGCUUUUACACACUAAAUACUGGAAUUGGGUGCAUCACGCCAAGUCUACUGGUUGAUCAAUUUGCCCCGAGAGUCAAACAGCUCAUGGGUGAGCCGAUUGAAGCUACGUUGGCGUUACCGUUGUUGUGGGCAGCGAUGCAACCGAGCGGAAACUACCAGUACGCGCUGCUGCCCAGAAAGCUGAAGCGAAAAAUAAUAAGCGCGUACACAAAUGCGGGUGGUAGUACAAGUGUGAACCCCGUUCAUCGUGAGGAGUUUUACGUUACUGGUGAUAGAUCGCAGUUUAAUCUCGUCCCAAUCAGCAGUAAUGAGAUCACUGAACAAGCCACUGAAGCACCCACUAAGCAACCACGACUCGGAGGCUCGGUAGGAGGAGAAGGCACGCGCUGUGAGUUUGCAGCUCUCCACUCCCAGGUAACAGCAGGGCGUCGCUACAUGACGGAAGUGAUGAACGAAGUUCUACAGUCACGCCAUGAACAUCAGCGGGGACAACAACAAAACCAGGCAACACUGAGACGACUAGUAAUCCACUCAGCUUACAGGAGAAGUACCGUUUCCGAGGAAACUCCACGCAGCGCAGCAGCAACGCUCUCGAAGCGCCCAAAAGAUUUGAACGAACUGUGGCAUGAGUACCGAAUCGGGUGUGGUGGACUGAAGCCAGCGAAAGACUUCACAGCUAUUGAGCAAGGAGCAAACAAAUUUUCAUACUCGCGGCGGAAGGUCUUUUGGGAUGCGGUGUCCAAUCUGGUUCGUGCAGGCUUCACUAGCGAUACAGCGGUUGACAAGGUUUAUGCUGCAUACGGUAGACAGCUUUCGGUGUCUAACAUUCUAGUAGCCCUGCGCAAUGAUAGAAAGCGCGGUGGGCAUCCACGUCUACGUGUGUAG